AUCUGGAAGCCAAGUCGUUCGCGGUCUGCUCGCCGGAACGCCUUCCCGCAAUGCUCAAGAACUGAAAUUUCCUCUUUGAAAACAUUUAAUGUAUUUUGAGCCUCCACUGAAAUGCCUUGAAUAGCCCACUUUCAACCAGAAUUUAGUCUGACAACAGAUUCUUCCUCUGUUCACAGCUGUCCCAGAAGGAGGAGCUGAAAUCCGAACCUCUCAGCUGUGAUUGGAUGCUUCUAGUAAAAACCAGGGAGAAAACCCCACCCAGCCCUGAAGAGCUCAGUCGGGCAGGGAGCCGGGUGACUUCAGAGGCGCCCGCUUGUCCCACGCCGCACCUGAGCCGCCGCGAUGCUGUAGGACCGCCGCCUGGACCGUUAUCCGCCCGCGCCCGCCUGCCGCCACCAUGCCGCGUUCCUUCCUGGUCAAGAAACAUUUCAACGCCUCCAAGAAGCCCAACUACAGCGAACUGGACACACACACAGUGAUCAUUUCCCCGUACCUCUAUGAGAGCUACCCCAUGCCUGUCAUACCAAAACCAGAGAUCCUCAGCUCAGGAGCAUACAGCCCUAUUACUGUGUGGACAUCGGCAGCUCCAUUCCACUCCCCUCUGCCCAGUGGCCUUUCUCCUCUUGCUGGAUACUCCUCACCCUUGGGGCGAGUAAGCCCCCCUCCUCCAUCUGAUACUUCAUCCAAGGACCACAGUGGUUCAGAGAGUCCCAUUAGUGAUGAAGAGGAAAGACUGCAAGCCAAGCUCUCAGACCCCCAUGCCAUUGAAGCUGAGAAGUUUCAGUGCAAUUUGUGUAAUAAGACCUACUCUACUUUCUCUGGGCUGGCCAAACAUAAGCAGCUGCAUUGUGAUGCCCAGUCUAGGAAAUCUUUCAGCUGCAAGUACUGUGACAAGGAAUAUGUGAGCCUGGGUGCCCUUAAGAUGCACAUUCGGACCCACACAUUGCCUUGUGUCUGCAAGAUCUGUGGCAAGGCUUUCUCCAGACCCUGGCUGCUUCAAGGACACAUUAGAACUCACACAGGGGAAAAGCCUUUCUCUUGCCCUCAUUGCAACAGAGCUUUUGCAGACAGGUCAAACCUGAGGGCACAUCUGCAGACCCACUCUGAUGUAAAGAAAUACCAGUGCAAAAACUGCUCCAAAACCUUCUCCAGAAUGUCUCUUCUGCACAAGCAUGAGGAGUCUGGCUGCUGUGUGGCACACUGAAUGGUGCAACCAGUGUUUACUCGAACAGAAUGCAUUUCUUCACUCCAAUGCCAAAUGCCAAAUGAAAGUCCAAAGCCAUUUUCUCUUGUGCUUACCUACCAAAUAUGUAUAGAUACACACAAGAGCGACACACACACACACACACACACACACACACACACACACACACAAAACUAUAGGACCGAAUCUAUUUGCUUAAAAAUUAAUCCUUUCUAUGUGAAGUUUAAAAUUAUAUUUACUGACAGCUAGAUUGAAAGACGAAAAGACAAGAACCUUUCUCUUUAAACAUGAAGUGAAAAGCACAUCGCAUCUUUUCUUACUAAGAAAGAAUGCAGAGAUUUACAAUGCUGCCAAACCAUUUCAACUAAAAGGAACAGUAUUGCUUCGUGAUAGAGUUGUAAUAGUAUUUCCAAGAGGAAGAGAGUUUGCCAGAUGCUAUCUCAGGUGCCUUAUAAAGUACUCCAAGUUUACUUCCUUACAUGUCGGAUGUCUGGUUGUCAUCGAUGAAUGAAAAAGCCUUUUCUGGAUUGCCUACAAUGCUUUAAACCAUAUCGUUACAAGAAAAAAUAUGAGAAAAAGAACAAAACGCAAGAGAAUGUAUUAAAAUAUUCUUGUUUUGUUUCAUUUUUGCCAUGUGUGCCUUGGAAGAGGAGGGAAGGACAAUCUUCAAACAUUCCUGGUGCGUGUGCCAUGUCUUACUCUUUAAAAGAAUCUUAGUGAUUUAUACGACAAUUUAAUGAAUAAGACAAUGUAAUGCAAGAGAGCAUCUUAGACAUUUAGUAACGUACUUAGACUUUUGAAAAUGCGUAUGAUGGAUGCAAUAAUACUAUGCCCCUCCAAGUGCCUGUUUUAAUGAAUUGUGUAGUUGAUGCAAAUUGUGUUUAUUUUUAUAUGACUGAGUGGACUCUGUAUGAAAGUGAGGUGUGGUCUGUAACUGGGCCUAUAUACAACCUGAAUACUUGUGAAAUCAAUGUUCCUUUUUUAAAAAGUAAUUUUCAUGGUCUCUUUUUUACAAUAAACAUUUUUGGUGUAAAAUCCGCUGCUCAUAUACUAUUUUCAAAACCUUCAUUUGUUUUAACAUCGAAUAAUAUACUGAAAUUUAUUUUUUGUGCUAAGAAAAAACAUAAAUGGUAUUUUAUACAUAAAAGUACUAAUUUAUGAUAAACUGCCUUUUUUAACUCUGAAAGUGAUAUCACAUUCAGAGAAGAUAACGUGAUAGUAGCUUAUCAAGCUUCUGGGACAACAAAUGGUCAUGUUAAUAGUAAUAAACACUUUUCAAAAUAUUCUGAUGUUAAUUUUAUUGACCUUAUGAAAAUAAAUUAUAAUCAUUUAUGUCUUUUCAUAUGCCAUUGGAAUAGUUAGAGUUUUUUAAAGGAAAUAUUAUUUAAUGAGAUAAGAGAGGGAAUCAUAAAAAAGCCUACAUGAAAGAAAUAGUAAUCGUAAGUAAUACUCAUUUGAAAAAUUAAACCGUGUAAACAAAAGCUCAUUGGUGGUGAUGUAGGUAAUAUGUAUGAUGGCCUUAGGGUUAAACUAGAAAACUAAAGUCUCCUUUUAUGGUAUGACAAGUUGAGCAAGCUUCCACCCAAGCUCAGGAUGUAUUUCAUAAAACAUUAUCUAAUCAUACAUCCCAUAUUCAAAUUCAUGUUGUCUUAAUGAAUAUGUGAGUUUCCUAACAAUGAUGAAGCUUCACUAGGUACCAGAGCAUAUGUGAACCCAAACUUGAAGGCUGUUGUGGCAGUAGUGCUUGCUAUUAACUGACCAUUUCUUUCUAGUAUGAUCAGAAUUUGCAAAAUCAUCUUUUGAUGCUUUAUGAUUUAAGCAAAAGCUGUUAGCAUCUCAAAAGAUUACUAAUAUACCACUAGCGUUGAAGCAAAAAUAAAUGUUAGACUGCUGGUUUCCCUACUGAGUAUUUUGCAUUAUAUUUUAGCUCAUGUGUAUAACAAUUUUGUGUUUGAUGACAAAAGCCAGUUGAGUAUUAUACUUUUUAAUUGUUUGAAUAUCUCAAGCUGUAGUUCUCAGAAGCAAAAUUAUCUGACACAGCAGUUUAUGGGUAUGAAAGUGAUGGCUUGUUAUCCUGGAGCAUUAUAAAGUCAUUGUAAAAAGCCAACUGAAUUAUGUAUACCUGGAACAGAAAUAUUUCAGUAGUAAUCUGAGAGUCUCCAAGCCAGCUAACAAGGAGACUGUCUUGUAAAGGGAAAAGCUGAGUCAAGUCUUUGUUAAAGCUCUGGUGGUUGCUCAGGAGCCAUAGUUACCCUGAUUUUGCUCUCUCACUGGUUAGAGCUGUAGGAAAAGUUUCCUGGUGUCAAAAUUUAAGCAGCUACCUUUCAAAAUGGAAACAUCUGUUCAUUACUUUAAUGCCUCAGUGAAAGAAUAAUACAUUUUCCAAUAUAGCCCCACCAUUCUAAUUUCACUCUUAAUUUAAGUAUUUCAGUUUUAGAAAAAUAUGGGUAUGAAGGUACAGCAGAUAGUCUUUAAAUAUGCCUGAAUUUGUACCUUGGCUUUGACUAUAUAUCUUCCUUUCAGCAAUCCACAAAGCUUUGAAAAUGUUCUGAUCCUUCAUGCAGUAACAUGUACUGAGUCACAAGCUUUGGUGGAUAUCUCUCCUUUUCACUUUAUGGACCAUUCUCAGUAUGGAAGCUCUCAGUGCUCAGCACAGCACUAGCACAUCAUUUGAAUAAAUAUUAAAUGAAUUGA